UCUUGUAGAAACGAGAAGCAAGGGGUAUCGGAUAAGUAAGUCUUAAACCUCUGAAACAGAAGCCACCACGCCUUCUCAUUUCUCCGUCGAACCUCUCAACUCAUGAGGUAACCGAAAACCGUUUCUCAUUCGCCGAUUCUAUUUUUUCCACAUAUCUCAUAUUUCUCUCACCACGCUUUCACCGUUAAGUGUCAACAAUGGACUUAGUGGCACCGCCCGAACAAUUUCACCAUUUCCACAGAAUCAGACCUAGGGUUUUGGAUAACGCCGUUUCUCGCCCUUUCCUUCUAUCUCCGGACACCGUUACUCGUUUCACAAAAUUGAAGGCCGCUAGGUCUAGAAAGCGUUUACACAAUCGCGUUUUCGCCGUUUCCAAGUCCGAAACCUCUGGUUUGAACGGCAGGUUGCAAGAAAUCGUGAACGGCGUAGCCGUGGAAUCUUCCCGGAACUUCGAGGAGUUUGGGAGCAACAGUCAUCUCCGGAAGCUGGUUAGAAACGGGGAAUUCGACGAAGGGUUUAAGUUUCUGGAGCGCAUGAUUUACCAAGGGGACAUUCCCGAUGUCAUUGCUUGCACCAGCUUGAUUCGAGGGUUUUGCAGGAGUGGAAGGACUAAGAAAGCAACGAGAAUCAUGGAAAUUUUGGAAAAUUCCGGUGCUGUUCCUGAUGUCAUAACCUACAACGUUCUAAUUGGUGGUUAUUGCAAGUCAGGGGAGAUAGACAAAGCAUUGCAGAUUUUGGAACGAAUGAGUGUUGCACCCGAUGUUGUUACCUACAACACGAUUUUGAGAAGUUUGUGUGAUAGUGGGAAGCUCAAGGAAGCAAUGGAGGUUCUUGAUAGGCAGCUGAAGAGGGAGUGUUAUCCUGAUGUGAUCACUUACACCAUUUUGAUUGAAGCGACUUGUAACGAAAGUGGCGUUGGUCAGGCGAUGAAACUGUUGGAUGAGAUGAGGAAGAAAGGAUGCAAACCUGAUGUGGUCACUUACAAUGUUCUCAUCAAUGGUAUUUGCAAGGAGGGUCGGUUGGAUGAGGCGAUUAAGUUUUUGAAUAACAUGCCUUCGUAUGGUUGUCAACCUAAUGUGAUUACUCAUAAUAUUAUUUUGCGUAGCAUGUGUAGCACUGGGAGAUGGAUGGAUGCUGAGAGGCUGUUAACUGAUAUGUUGAGGAAGGGUUGUUCCCCUAGUGUUGUUACUUUCAAUAUCUUGAUUAACUUCUUGUGCAGGAAAGGGUUGCUGGGUAGAGCCAUUGAUGUGUUGGAGAAAAUGCCGAAGCAUGGUUGUGUUCCGAAUUCCUUGAGUUACAAUCCAUUGCUUCAUGGGUUUUGUCAAGAGAAGAAGAUGGAUAGAGCGAUUGAGUAUUUGGAAAUAAUGGUGUCAAGGGGUUGUUACCCGGAUAUAGUGACCUAUAACACUUUGCUUACAGCACUGUGCAAAGACGGGAAGGUGGAUGCUGCGGUUGAAAUACUGAAUCAACUGAGCAGCAAGGGAUGCUCUCCUGUUUUGAUUACUUAUAAUACAGUUAUUGAUGGCCUUUCAAAGGUGGGGAAAACAGAGCGUGCUGUGGAGCUGUUAGAGGAGAUGUGCAGAAAGGGUCUUAAACCUGAUAUAAUUACAUACUCUUCACUGCUUCGGGGACUUGGACGUGAAGGGAAGGUUGAUGAGGCUAUCAAAAUUUUCCAUGACAUGGAAGAAUUAAGUAUUAAGCCCAAUGCUAUCACUUACAAUUCGAUCAUGUUGGGACUUUGUAAGGCUCAGCAGACUAGUCGGGCUAUUGAUUUUCUGGCUUAUAUGGUAGCCAAAGAAUGCAAACCUACGGAAGCUACGUAUACCAUUCUCAUAGAAGGCAUUGCUGAUGAGGGAUUAGCUGAGGAAGCUUUGGAGUUGUUGAAUGAGUUGUCCUCCAGAGGAUUUGUGAAGAAAAGUUAUGCUGAACAGGUAGCAGUCAAGAUGUAGGAUAAAUUGUAUUUUUACCUUGUACACCUAGAUGGCUGAGUAAUCUUUUUGAGCGCAAAGAUUUUGAUAAAUCCCUUAUGUUAGUGACUUGUUCUGGAUUUUGGAUUAUUAUUUUAGGAGGGAGAGGGGAUAGUGAAGUGUAUGUCAAUUAGGUUAGAAGGCCAUUGUAAUGCAAUCAAGACAUUUAAUUCUAAUUUAUAUUUUAUACU